UCCAUAAAUUGUCUGUAGAGUAUCUUCCAGUAUAUAAACCGCAAUCUUUGAGCUUGGAUGCCAGAUAACUGUCAUAACUGAUGUAUAAGAUGAAGUUAUUGUAGCUGAAGAGUACUCUGUGUCAGGAAUCUCAGUCCACACAGCAUUUUGAAGUGUUUCUGUACCCGUGUGCACUUCAUCUUUGCUGUCAGUUUUAGCAAUCACAAUGACCUUCCUGUGAUAGAAUGUAUAGAAGUGCAGCAGGUAGCAGGCAGCAAACAUGUUUUCUGGAAUCAAUUCAAUGAAAAGUCCUGGGCUGAUCAGUCUUAGGGACACGUUACUCGAUGCGGUUACAUAUUGAGAUUUAUCUGGAUCUGAAAUUGGUUGAAGCCCUGUUAAGUUUGGCAUUAAGUUGGUGUUGUUUUGAGAGAGCGAGAUUGCCUUGUCACGUGAUGUCGUUAAUAACUGUCGUUGGGUUAUACCUGGAAAUGAGGGCACAACAAAGUUCUGCCCCUGAAAUCUCACAGGAAGAAUCUGAUUGACUAUCAUGCUGCAUGUACAGCCUGGUUUUUCUAGACACGGGUGAGUCAGCAGCACAGCUAUUUUACUACUCGAGUUAACCAUCAUCAGUGAAGCAUUGACCUGCAACUGGAUGAGUUGGUAUGAUGGAAUCGUGAAGCUUUCUAUUUGAAUGCUUCCUGAUAUGUUUUUGACUAACGUGAUAUUGUUCUCUGUGUCCUCAGCAUUGAUGAUGAUCAGUCUGAUCGAGCCGUAUCUUUUGGAGGCGAUGUCUGGCUGGGAUAUGCCAAAUGUUGCAAGAAGCAUCCAAUUUGAGCUCAAGACAGAGAUGUUUGCAAUUCUUCUGAUUGUGACAAUGUUUAGCCAAGGUCUCACCAUAGUGAGCUACGGAAGAAGUUUCAUCACAGCAUUUCCAGAGAACUUAGCUUACUUUUACCCAAACACCUUAAGUUGUCUGAGAGUCACUGCUCUCUAUGAUGACACAUUUGUCAACAUCUUCCACAACGGCAGCAGCACACCAACAAAGUCGAUUUCAGACCUACAGAAGGGCCAAACUGUAACUGUGGUGUUUCCAAAAUCUGCUGAAGUAUAUCAACUACUCAACUACUCCACUAAAUCUAUCCAAAUCACCAGUAACAAAUACAUUGCCGUGCAAUCUAUCACUCAGACGGAUUACAGUACUCAGACCAAUGUUGUUCAACCCAGUGAAAAUCUUGGGAUGAAUUAUCUGAUCCCUUCUCUGAACUACACAAACCUUCUCGCCACAUUCAGCGUAUCCCAGUCAGCCUCCUUUUCUACAAAAUAUAACUCAUUCAGACUGAUCAUCAUCAAUGCUGAGGACACAGAAAACAAUAUCACGAUAGUCAAGAACAUAUUAGGCAAAAUUCAAUUAGUAAACUUCACGAUCCCACCAUACCAACUCAUCCAGUUGCAGGCCGAUGAUUCAAUGAUGAUGGUUAACUCGAGUUGUAAAAUAGCUGUGCUGCUGACUCACCCGUGUCUACUUAAAGCAGACUGUAAAUGCAGCAUGAUAGUCAAUCAGAUUCUUCCUGUGAGAUUUCAGGGUCAGAACUUUGUUGUUCCAUUUAUUCCAGAAAUAAAACAAAGCUGGUUAUUCAUGACAUCAAACAACAAGGCAAGCUCGCUCUCUCAAAAAGGUACUAAACUGACGAGUUCGUCAGGGUUCCUGUCACUUUCAGAUCCAGGUAAUCCCCAGUAUGUUACUGCUUCAAGUAACGUGUCCCUAAGACUGAUCAGUCCAGGACUUUUCAUUGAAUUGAUCCAAGAAAACAUGUUUGCUGGCUGCUACCUGCUGCAGUCCUAUACAAACACCUUCAGGAUACACGUGAUAGCUGAAACUGUCGACCGAGAUCAUUUGAACACGGAUAAAGGAUUUAUUCAAAGCCUCAAGUGGACAGAGAUUUCUGGCACAAAAUACUCUUCUGUUGAAUUUAGUUUAAACAAUCGUGCUUCAACAACUGUCUGGCAUUCAAGCUCAAAAAUCGCUGUUUAUAUACUGGAAGAAACUGACAAGAUAGUUUAUGGAGGCCCAGCUAUACCUAUAAAGGAAAAUCCAGAUCCAUCUGGCUGUAAGGUUCCUGGAGAGUUUGUAGUUGGAGAUAAACCUCUUAAAUGGACUAAGUCUCUGGCUUACUGCACAAACCCUAAAAGAGAAUUUGCCUGUCCUACAAAUAGAGACAUUCAAAUGGAGUUGGCCAGGCAAGUUAACACAACCAAUGUGGAGGGUUGGAUCGGUCUACGUCGUAGUCUAAUGACUACAGCAUGGUUCUGGCAGAAGCAAACAUCAUCAUCAACAUCACCACCUGUGAAUUAUGUUUAUUGGGCCAAGGGACAAUCACAGAAGGGCUUUUGUGCUUCAUUGUCACUGGAUGGUUCAGAUUUUAAAUGGAAAAGUGCAAGCUGCUGUGAGAAAAAGCUUCCUGUUUGCUACAAGCCCCCUUUGACCAUUGGUCCUUUGUCUUGGUCGGAUUCAACAGACUUUCCUUAGAUUAUCAUCUAUAUUUAAAGCAAAACACUUAUAUCUCAUUGUAUUUUUACCUGCCUGCUGUUCUUACCAGUAACAGUCAUUGUAGUUUCUGGUGGGAAAUGCUAAAAAUAUAUGUACAGUAGUCCAUUUAUAAUCCAUGAUUGUAAAACCAAGACAAAUACCUUUGCAAAGACAUAGGAUUUCUGUUAGCUUCAAAGACAAAACGUAACAUAUCUUAUUAUUUCAGUAGUUUGAAAUGAAAGCAGAUUUUUAAACUGUACUUUAAGUUCUUUAAACUUUUUUCCUCAAAAGUUGUACCCAGUUUCCAAAACAGUUUGCCGAACAGUCAAAUAAUUUUUCCUGUUCUGGCCUGAAUCUGUAUGAAUCAAUGUUAUACCUUGAAAAAUUGAAUAGAACUUAUUAUUAAUACUGAAAGUUAUGUAAUCUGUUAUGAUUUUAU